AUGGUGAUAUCGCCCUUCAGAAUCGACAUACCCAACGGAGAAGUCGAACGGCUGAAAAGGAAGUUGCGGGACACGAGAAUUCCAAAGGCGCCCAUUGUACCUGGAGCCAAUGGUGACUAUGGUCCUCCUAUUGAAUGGUUCCAACGUCUCAGCAACAAGUGGCGUGACGAUUUUGACUGGCCUUCUGUGCAAGAACAUCUGAAUCGGCAUUGCCACUUUCUCGCUGACAUUAAUGAUGAGAGCUUCCAGUUGAAAGUACACUUUACGCAUACCAAGUCUGCAAGGGCCGAUGCCAUUCCUCUUAUUAUGGUUCAUGGCUGGCCUGGCUCAUUCCACGAAUUCGACCGAGUGGUCGACGCCUUCGCCAACCCCAAGGACCCUUCCGAUCCAGCAUUCCACGUCGUGGUGCCGAGUUUACCUGGAUUCUGCUGGUCUUCUCCACCACCUCGGCGGGGUUGGACCAUGCAGGAUACGGCGCGCGUCUUUAACAAACUUAUGAGCCAGCUUGGUUACGCGCAUUACGUCGUGCAGGCGGGCGAUUGGGGUUCGUUUGUGGCGCGCGAAAUGGGUGCCAAGUUCAUGGAGUGCAAAGCGGUCCAUCUGAACUUUUGUCCUGUCGAAGUGGAUGACAGCGUCACAGACCUUACACCUCGAGAGAUGAAAAUCAAAGAACGCUAUCAUGAUUGGCUGAAUAACCACCUCGGAUACGCUGUGUGUAUGCGGACCCGUCCACAAACCAUUGGCGUCGCUCUGAAUGAUAACCCGGUUGGAAUACUCGCCUGGGUUGGCGAAAAGUACAUAGAGGCGGCGGCACCAGCGAAUGUCGAGUCUUCGGAGCCAGCAUGGGACCAGGCAAUCCUCACCACAUGCUCUCUGUAUUAUUUCACAGACUGCAUCAUGUCUUCGACCCUGCCGUAUUUUGAAGGUGUCAAGCACGCGGAUUUUGGAAAUUUCUUCUUGAAGCAAGAGAACUACAUUGAAGUGCCCAUGGGAUACACCAGCUUCCUCUAUGACACAAGGCCUGGGACUGAAAGGAGUGUGAAAAAAACGGGCCGGCUAGUGUUCUAUAACGAGUGCGACGAUGGCGGUCAUUUCGCUGCACUGGAAAGGCCGGAUGUCAUUCUCGCUGACUGUCGCAAGUUCUUCGGCGAGUGGAGGUCUUUCCUUUCCACCUGGGCCCUAGGGUGUCGCCAGCUGCAAAGACCACCGAGGCAACAUGCACGCAUUGGCCUGCCUUUGUUUGCGAGACCGGCGUUGUCAACGCAAAGGAUCUCGUCAGAUACCGAGAUAGUGGACGCCGCACUCGAUGCGCCGGAGUCUAGCUUAAACACCAAGAAUGGUAGAAUUACCUGUAUCUAUUUCGACAAGUCCGGCCGCUUCAACGGGGAGCACAAGCAACUCACCAAGGCCGAGAUCGGGGAGCAGUUCGACUUGCGCCACCGAGAUCUCCGGGACAUCGACCUGAAAUCCGAGGCGGUGACACGCAUCUUAGUGCGGCCGGCCACCAUCCUGCUGCAGUUCUUCCAGCUAUGUAUGAUCAUCCAGGCGGACGAGGCGCUCCUGAUCUACAAUCAACCGCAAACCAGCAGUGAGCGGGACGACGAGGCCGACGACACCUCGCCACAAACCGACGACCGCGAAUUCUACCGCGAAUUCGAGCAGCGCAUGUCGGGCCCCACGGUCGAGACCGCCGGCGUGCCUGAACUGCCGUACGAGCUGCGCGCCGUGGAAGCCGCCCUGGUGGCGGUGCUCUCGGGCUUGCGGCAGGAUCUCAUCGACGCGCGCCACAAGGCGGAGGAGUCGGCGGCGAGCCUGCAGCUCGACUCGGGCCUCGCGGCCGUGGGGCUGAACCUCGUCUUCGACCGGACGCGGCGGCUGAGCAAGAUCGAGCAGAAGGCGCGGCUGGUGCGCGACACGAUCCGCGAGGUGCUGGACACGGACGAGGACCUGGCCGGCAUGUACCUGUCGGACCACCUGGGGGGCAAGCCGCACGCGACCGCGGACCACCAGGAAGCCGAGUACAUGCUGGAGGCGUACCACAAGGCGGCCGACACGCUGGUCGAGUCGGCGCAGGCGGCCGUCGACAUCCUGCGCAAGAAGGAGAACACGUUCCGCUCCUCGCUCGCCGUCCAGCGCAACCAGAUCAUGUUCCUCGAGGCCCGCAUCGCCAUCCACACCCUGGGCCUCGCCGCGGGGACCAUGGCCGCCGGCCUCUUCGGUAUGAACCUCCUGAACUACCUCGAGGACGCCCCCUACGGCUUCUUCUGGGUCGCCGGUGCCUGCGUGGUCCUCAGCGCCAUCUUCUCCAUGCAGGGCAUGAGGAGUCUGAGGCGCAUCCAGACGCUAAAGGGCAUCCAGCGCUCGAGGGUCGGAGGUCGUCGCUUUUAGAAUCCGCGGGGCAUUGAG